UCCCCAGCGAGCCACACCAACUUUUUUUCGCCAUGUGUCCAUGUGUAUAAAAAUCCAGGUAUGACACUCUGCAGUCACCCAGCAGCGGUGAAGGAGCAUCCAGAUCAUCUUCCCACACUGAAGCAUCAUGAUGUCCAGAGCAUCUCUCUCCAUUCUAGCCCUGCUGCUCGGCUUCUCGCAAGCUCUCUAUCUCACCCAACCUGAGCAGGAGGACUUCACAUCAAAGAUUCUCGACGUCAACCACGGAUCCAGUGAACCGUUGCUGGAGGGAGACAUACUCUUGCCAGGAAUCAAGAACGCUCUGGUCUGCCCCGACGGCAGCUGCUUUUGGAAGAAGUCCUCGAAUGGCUUGGUGGAGGUGCCUUACACAUUGAGCUCUGUUUUCUCUUCCUCUGACAAUACUGUAAUUGCCAAUGCCAUGGCCACCUUCCACAACAAAACCUGCAUUCGUUUCAUCUCCAGGACAAAUCAAAGUGACUACCUCAGCAUCGAGAGCAAAGACGGAUGUUACUCUUACGUGGGCAAGAUUGGUGGCGCUCAGGUGGUCUCUUUGAGCAAGCCGGGUUGCGUUUAUAACAGCAUCGUCCAGCACGAGCUGAACCAUGCACUCGGUUUCUACCACGAGCAUGUUAGAAGCGACCGUGAUACUUACGUCACCAUCAACUGGAACAACAUCGACCCAACCAUGACGUCUAAUUUUAACUUGAAGAACACCAACAACCUCAACACGCGGUACGACUACUCCUCUGUGAUGCACUAUGGAAGAACAGCUUUCUCCAUCAACGGUCUGGACACCAUCACCCCUAUUCCCGAUCCUUCGGUAAAGAUUGGACAGAGCACGGAGCUGUCUGCCACCGACAUCCUGAGGAUCAAGACUCUCUACAACUGCUGACCUUGUUCAGAACCUUUGUUUUGAUUUCACUUUGCUGUAACAUUGUAGAACCGCUAAUGAUACAGGGCACAGUGAGGACCUCACUUGCUGUGCUAACAAAAUGUGGAAUCAUGCAAUAAAAUGGCUGCAAGCA